AGAGCGUAAGGAAACACGUCAGCCAAUUAGAAAGAGCCUCAUUGAUCUUACGUUGUACGUCAUGUUAGCCGGGUUGUAGGUUCGCUAACAAGAGAGAAGAUGGAUUCUCCCAUACUGGAACCGUCCUUGUACACCGUGAAAGCGGUACUGAUUCUGGAUAACGAUGGAGACAGGCUUUAUGCCAAGUAUUACGACGACACUUACCCGACUGUGAAAGAGCAGAAGGCAUUUGAGAAGAACAUAUUCAACAAAACACACAGGACAGACAGUGAGAUCGCAUUGCUGGAGGGCCUCACUGUUGUGUACAAGAGCAAUAUAGACCUCUUCUUCUAUGUCAUCGGAAGCUCACAUGAAAAUGAGCUCAUGCUUAUGGCUGUCCUCAAUUGCCUCUUUGAUUCUCUAAGUCAGAUGUUGAGAAAAAAUGUUGAGAGGAGGGCUUUGUUGGAGAAUAUGGAGGGGCUCUUCUUGGCUGUGGAUGAAAUUGUAGAUGGAGGGGUGAUUUUAGAGAGCGACCCGCAGCAAGUCGUGCAUCGUGUGGCCCUCAGAGGUGAUGAUGUACCUCUGACAGAGCAGACAGUCACCCAGGUUCUUCAGUCUGCCAAAGAACAGAUCAAGUGGUCACUUCUUCGAUAGUCACGCCUUCGCCGACCUACCAGGGAUCUGCUGUUCAGCUCAGACCACAUAGCACUGAUCAUUUUACUCCCUUUCCUCCAACUUUUUUAAUCCAAACUGCGAGGAGUACACAGGACUGAUGCAGUCACACCGAGGACUUCUGCUUCACAAAGUUUUAAUUUACUAUGAUUUUCUCCUUCCUGUCUUGUAUUGUAUGAUCAAAAUGAGAAUAAGAUAUGAUGCACAUUCCAGCAGUGGAUUUUGUUCUGGUUAUUUCCUUUUUUCAGUGAAGACACACGGCUUUUUUUUCCUCCAGUAUUUGUGUACAGAUGUGAGACACUAUUUAACAUCAUACAGUCUGUAAGAACAUUCCAUGUGUUUCCAGUGACGAGAAAAAUGCUGUAUUUGGAACAGUAUUGUUUCAUCUUUUCCAGAUUAUUGAAACAAUAAAGCUUCUUUAAGUUGACAUUACAUUGUUAUGUAUGUAGUAUGGAGUAUUAAUUCUCUAGUCAUCAACUGUUUCAAGAAUAAUUUCUUUUGUGGAUUUUUAAUUGGACCAUGUACAUUCCUCAGUAUCAAUGGCUAGGAAACCA